UACAGGUUGUGUGUGUGAGAGAGAGAGAGAGAGAGAGAGAGAGAGAUAAACACAAACCACUCGCGCUGCAAAACAGAAGACGGGCUGCAAACACGCCAAGAAACAAGAGAGAAGGGAGAGCAGAAAUAGAGGCCAGGUAAAAGAAAAAAAGAAAGGAAACAGCAAAGAGAAUAAGAAAGGAAAGGGGAGGGAGACAGGAAAAAGAGGGGAAAGAAAAGCCCUUCACCGGCAGAGAGCGAGUGAGAGAGAGAGAGAGAGUGAGUGAGUGAGUGAGAGAGCGGCAGAAGGAGUCCGGGACAGGAAAGUUGAAGCGGGCCCAGAGCGCGCGUCGUUAGCGUCCGCAGGCUCCAGCCGGUAACGGGCUGUCUCGCGGCUCCCAUGGAUCCCUCGCCAGCGGCCGAGGUCGCCGGGGAAACCAAGGAGAGGAGGAAGAUCAAGUUCUCCGUCCCGGCGAUAGUGUCCAGCCAGCUGGACGCCCGGCAGGUGGAAAUGAUCCGACGCCGGAGGCCUACACCCGCCACAUUAUUCAGAGUGGCUGACCCGUCAUCCCCUGACGACGACAGUGCACCCUAUCAGUCGGCUGUUGGGGAGAAUGGAAUCCUGAAGCCGAAGCGUGUCAAUCAAAGCGUUUAUCAGCCUCCAUCACUGAAAGCUGUGCAGAGGAUGGCUCAAGCACACAUGCAGACGCUGGGUGCCUACCCAACCCUGGAGGACCCCCCCGAGGGGGAGGAAUACGAGGACGAGCUCGCAAUGGGACCGGAUGAUUCCCAGGUGCUGGGCAGCCAAUCAGAAGCUCCGCAGAGGCCAGAGGCCCUAGGAGAAGAUGAGAAGGAGGAUGAGGAGGGAGGGGAGGGGAGAGGGAGAGGGGAGUGAGAGGGAGGCCGAGGGGGGAAAGAGGGGGAGUCCGUGAAGAGAGGGAGGUGGAAAGAAAAGAUGUACGGGGAUUGGGAUGCUGACAGAAAACACAGUGUGUAUGUGUGUGUGUGUGUGUGUGUGUGUGUGUGUGUGUGUGUGUGUGUGUGAGAAUGUGUGUGUGAGUGCAUGUGUGUGUGUAUAUGUGUGUGUGUCUGUGUGUGUGUGUGUGUGUGUGCACGCACAUGUGUGUGUGUGUGUGUGUGUGUGUGUGGCGGUGGCGGUGGGAGGGGGCCCUGUGCUGGUGUGCUCUGAUACUGAGCCCUAUAAGGAGGUGAGGAGUGAUGUCAGACUGCAGACCCUGUGUCUCUGAGUCUCUGAUGAGCCAGGUGAGGGCGAGGUCACUCGGGUCAGCAAGGCUGCAGCCAGCCAAUCACCCACCCGCCAAUCACCACCACACAGCUCUCUUCUUCUGUCUCUGAGCGCCCGUUUCAUUAGCAGGUGCAUCUACAUUCACUCAAACAAGUGCUUCUGUGUGACAUACUCUCUCACACACACACACACACACACACACACACACGAGCAUGCUGUCAGAUAUGCACUCACACACGUGCACUCUCAUACACACACACACACACACACACACACACACAUACAGAUACAGGCAGGAUUGAUUUGCCGUGUUUGCAAUGGACCUGAGGCAGAAUCCUCCACCAGCUACCACAAAAUGCUCUUUCAAUGUAGCUGCCAUGCAGUUGCGAUGUUAUAACGUUAACACAACAUUCCGGCAACAUUGCGCGGACAUUUUGUGUCAGCUUGUCCCAAAUGAUAAAAAAACAAUACAGCUUUACCCCCCUAAUUCCUUAUAUUUUCAAGCGUGCGGUGGCAGAGACAAAAAACGAGAGAUGUGUGAGGUUGUCCAGGAUGGAAUAUGUGCUCCGAUAUGUACACCCACUGAAGCCAGCUCUGCGUACCUCACCCGCUGUGCGGUAAGCAGAACUGUGCUGCGGCUUGUCCUCUGGGUACACAUUUCACUCCGUUACAGGGCCGUGUCGUGAUGGCCUGGAUCUGGCUCUACGUGCACUGUCCUUAACUCCGUGUGCGGUGUCCUCUAAAUAUCGCCAUCUCUUGGCAGGUAUCCAGAACUGCAUCGGGGCAUUAAUUUGAUUGCGCCGGCUUGCUGACUGCGUUAGUCGGGUCUAAUGCCAUAUGCUGGAAGCAAUUCCGCUUCUAAAUUUCUAAAAUGUGGAAAAU